AAAAAAAAAUCCAGUCAGGUAGGACAGCUAUGCUAGCUAGGCUAGCUAACGGAGCCAAGUAGCCCGAGCCCGAGCCGAAAACGCAACAACAAGGACUGAAAAACAUCGGGAUUGUUUGGCCAAGUGACUCGGUUUUGCCAGAAGACAUGGCUCGCCACGGUGCUGUCCAGAGAGGUCUUCCAGGGGUGCAGAGUGCUAAUGUGAGUAACGUUCAGAUGAGAGAAACGGCACAAAUGGCAUCUAACGGGCAACAGAAUUUCAAAGCUGAUCCAGAAGAAUUGUUCACAAAACUGGAGAAGAUUGGGAAGGGUUCAUUUGGAGAGGUGUUCAAAGGGAUAGACAAUCGCACGCAGAAGGUGGUGGCCAUUAAGAUCAUCGACCUGGAGGAGGCAGAGGACGAGAUAGAGGACAUCCAGCAGGAGAUCACUGUGCUAAGCCAGUGCGACAGCCCCUUCGUCACAAAGUAUUACGGAUCAUAUCUAAAGGGCACAAAGUUAUGGAUUAUAAUGGAGUACUUGGGAGGAGGGUCAGCACUGGACUUGCUGGAUCCAGGUCCGCUAGAUGAGUCCCAGAUUGCCACUAUACUUCGAGAGAUCCUUAAAGGACUGGAAUACUUGCAUUCGGAAAAGAAAAUCCACAGAGACAUCAAAGCUGCUAAUGUGCUGCUGUCGGAGCAGGGUGACGUGAAGCUGGCGGACUUUGGUGUGGCUGGCCAGCUCACAGACACACAGAUCAAGAGGAACACAUUCGUGGGCACACCGUUUUGGAUGGCGCCUGAAGUCAUAAAACAGUCAGCCUACGAUUCAAAGGCAGAUAUCUGGUCGUUGGGUAUAACUGCGAUAGAGCUGGCCAAAGGAGAGCCGCCUCAUUCUGAGCUGCACCCCAUGAAAGUGCUGUUCCUCAUCCCAAAGAAUAACCCGCCCACUCUGCAGGGCAGCUACAGCAAGCCGCUCAAGGAGUUUGUGGAAUCCUGUCUCAAUAAAGAGCCCAGCUUUAGGCCCACAGCCAAGGAGCUCCUGAAACAUAAGCUAAUUGUGCGAUACGCUAAAAAGCCCUCAUACCUCAUCGAGCUCAUCGACAGGUACAAGCGCUGGAAGGCUGAGCAGCGUCAAGAUGAGUCCAGCUCUGAGGAGUCCGACUCGGAGUCAGACGGACAGGCAACAGGAGGGAGUGACUCAGGAAACGAUGACUGGAUCUUUAACACCAUCAGAGAGAAGGACCCUGAAAAGGUCCAGAAUGGAGUCACUCAGCAUGCUGAGCUGGACCGCAACCAGGUAGAGGGCAGUCCACAGCGGCCUUUGUCCCAGAGCUUGUCCACCAUCAUAUCUCCACUGUUUGCUGAACUGAAGCAGAAGGGAGAGGCGAGUAACAGCAAGUCUGAGGCCGUGGAGGAGCUGAGGGAGGCCAUAUUCCUGGCAGAAGAGGCAUGCCCGGGUAUCUCUGACUCCAUGGUGGCAGAGCUCGUGCAGAGACUGCAAAGGUUUGCCGUUCCGAGGACACCAUCUCAUUGACAGCUGCUGCGGCUUCUCGCCCCACCCCCUUGUGGCUGUGGGUACGCCCCCCUCUCACGCUCCCUCACAGCCCCUGGCUGCAGCUCCAGCCCCAUAUUCUCUUAUAAUCUUGGGUUACAUAGCAAACAAAAGGUGUCUGGGGGUGGCGUGGGGCCUGGGUGAGGUUGACCUCUGUCAGCCCACUCCCACCUGCUUAGCAGUGCACCUUCUCCAGCUUAGGCUGUGACAGAGCAAUGGUUAGUUGCACCAGCAGCGUGUAGGAUCCUUCCAUAUGUCAUUUGUAAAAUGACAUCAGUCUUAAUGAAAUUAUUUCAUCCUUAACUUAAUAUUGAUAGUUGCUAAAUUCAAAGGCAUCAUGAUUUCUCAGUAAUCAACUUUCAUGUUUUAGCUAAACUGAUUCUUGAAUUCCUUUCACUAGCCAAACCAAAUGGCUAGUUAACAUUUCACUAGAUAACAUAAUCCGUUGAUAGCUGCGAUCAUGCAAGAAGCUGUGGUUAUUUUAUAAUGAUAAAUGUGUGUGUGUGUGUGUGUGUGUGUGUGUGUGUGUGUGUGUGU